AUGAAGUUCUUACAAGUUGUACUACUCGCUCUAGCGGCGCUCGUGGCUUCUGUGGCUGGUGCAAUCCCGAAUAUACAGAAUCCUGUCGUGAACAUGCGCGAUGCUGACCCGAAUUUUAUAACGGUUCCUCCAAACUGCCCUCCUGGUCAGGUGAUGGGUCCAGAUGGAGUUUGCCGUGAACCCUGUUACGACAUGAAGUUCUUACAAGUUGUACUACUCGCUCUAGCGGCGCUCGUGGCUUCUGUGGCUGCAGGGAUAAGUGCAAUCCCGAAUGUACAGAACCCUGUGGUGGUCGGGCGCAUCAGCGUUCCCUACAACUGUCCUCCUGGUGAGGAGAUGAGUGUGGAUAAAGUUUGCCGUGAACCCUGGUAGACUGCGGCUGCAGUCGCUCAUGCUGGACUCCAGCAGAUGAUAAACUUGCUAAUAAAUAACUGAAUAAAACUGUG